AUGACAGAAACAGCAAGUGCAAUAUUCGAUAUUCGUGAUAAUCAAUCAAAACAUGUUAUGCUAAAAAUUUGGUCAAAAACUGGUGCAAUGUUUCAAGAUAUAUUUCCGGUUGAGAACACAACAUUUGCAUAUGUUAAAUAUUUAGCUAAGGGAUUUUUAUUAAGGAAUAGUAAUGGCCAUUUAUCGAGUUAUGAUCAUUCAAUGCGUGACAUGCGAAUGAAUGAAAUGGAUAAUUAUAUAUUAAUAUCGAUUGAAACAAGAAAAAUUAUGGACGAACAGAAAACGCUAGGUCAAGAAUGUGUUAAAGAUGGAGAUGAAUAUCUUCUAACAACAAAAGUUCCUCCACAAUCAUUGCAAGCUAAACAAACAUUCGAACGUUCUUCUAUAAAUCAGGAUUUAAUCGAAUAUCGAACACAAGCUCUUCCAUUACCUACACAUUCACUUUCUCAAUCUCAACGUUUAGCGGGAAGAACAGAAUUUCGUACUGAUCUUAGUCGUGUACUAUUUACAUUGGUUGAAGCAUCACAUAAAUUACUUUGGUAUUGUCCAGAUGCUGAACAUAUCUUUAAGGAAGCUGAAGAAAUUCUUUCAAGAUCAUCGAGAACAGAAUCAAACCAUACAGAGAUACAUCCAAAUCAAGUCGAGAAACUAGUUCAUAUGGGCUUUACUGAACAGCAAGCACAACAAGCACUUGAACGAACGAAGUAUGAUUUAAAUGCUGCUAUGAAAUUACUUUCAAGCCAAGAAGAUACUGAUCAUGAUGAGAAAGGAUCGAAAAACUUGAAUCAAACAAAAUCCAUCUAUUCACGUUACGGUCCAUUUAUACCAUUUCGACAAUUUCGAAAGCAAUGUUUUCAACCAAAUCCCUCAGCCAUUCAAUCAUUAAAAGAAAUGGGUUUCAAUCAUGAUGAUAUAAUAAAUGCUUUACGAAUAUAUCAUAAUAAUGAAAGUUUAGCUUGUGAAUAUCUUAUUGUUGAUGAAGAACAAAAAAAUAUUAUUGGUGCUAUUAAUGAACAAAGUCUUGAUCUAAAUUCAAGUAUGUUUCAAGCUAUUAUGGAAAACUCAAUUGUUCAACGAGCACUUAAUAAACCAAGGAUAUUUUUAGUUAUGCUUCAUUUAUAUGAAGAUCCCAGUACAAUCACAACUUAUUUAAAUGAUCCAGAAAUUGGUUAUAUGUUGCUACAAAUAAGUCGUAUUUAUAAUGCUGAAAGAUAUCCGGCCUAUGUAUUCAGUAGUAAUUGA